UAUAUAAUCUAUUUCUUAUCAGGCAUCCAAUCUUCAUCCGGUCCUCAAAAGAUAUGGGGAGGUUCGGGCACCAAUAUCGGAAGCUACCCUUACCUGGCUGCUCUCUUGCAACUGGAUCGGUUUAACAUGUUCUGGCAGACCUGCGCUGGCACUAUCCUCAACAAUCGCGCCGUCCUAACUGUUGCUCAUUGUAUAACCGGUGAUAGAAUUGACUUGUGGCGCGUCCGUGUUGGGUCAAGUUUUGGCAACAGCGGUGGUUACGUCCACGAGAUCCUACGCCACAUCGUUCAUCCUUCAUUUUCUUCUAAAGCUAUGAACCACAACAUCGCUAUCCUCCACGUCGUCGUCCCCUUUACAUUCAGUAACAUAGUCAGCUCUGCAUCCAUCGCAGGUCCUAACUACAACGUUGCAGACAACCAAGGAGUCAUAGGUGUUGGUUGGGGUUGGGGUUCCGGUUGCACUGCAUCUAUGGGUUAUUCAGAGAAUAGGCGGUUUCCUGAGGUAAUGCGCGAAGUUGUAUUUGUCACAAUCAGUCAGGACACAUGCAGGAACAGCUACGCUAGUCGGGGUAUCACAAUCACUGACAACAUGUUGUGUGCUGGCUGGGAUUCUAGUAACCGUGGGCACUGCUCAGAAGACGCUGGCACUCCUCUCCUACACAACGGAGUUCUCAUUGGUGUGUUUGCCUUUAGAUCUGGCAUUUCUAAUCCUGAAUUCCAAAGUGUUCACACUCGGGUAUCUAGUUACACAUCUUGGAUAACUUCGAACGCCUAAAGGGAAUUAUGACCAAUGCGCU